GCCUGAGGCGGCAGCCGUGGAGCCGGCCUGCCCGGGCGUCCCGAGGGCUCCGAGGGCCCCGAGACCCCCGCCCGAAGCCGGCCGCGCCUCCGGCCACUCCGCGUCGGGUGUCCACGUUCGUGGUCCCUCCCGUGCGCGCCGCGUCCCCCGCUGCCAACAGCCGCGGUGGCUGCCGUGCCUCCCAGUCGUCGGGGUGAGACGUCCGGAUUUGGGCUCCGACUCGGGCCCGCCAGGCCGGAGCUGAGCCUGGUCCCAACGCCGCGCGAGGCCAGCGCGGAGGGGCUGCAGGCCUGGGUCGCGGAACCGCCUCUCGGCUGGGAGUACCCGCCUGUGGUGGCCUGAGGAGCUCCAAGGUUCCUAGACCUGUCUUCCAUCACAAGGAACUCUCUGCCCCCUGGGGCCGAGAGACCCCACCCUUUCCCCAAGCUGAAGCCGCAGAGCAUUGAGGUACCAGCCAGAUGUCUUCUCACAAAGGACCUGUGGUGGCCCAGGGCAGUGGGGCUCCUGCCGGGAACAGGGAGGCGGACACAGUGGAGCUGGCUGAGCUGGGCCCCCUGCUAGAGGAGCAGGGCAAGCGGGGCGUCGCCAGCCCAACCAAAGCCGAAGAAGAGCGGGCACGCGCAGUGCCUCAGGAAGAGGAGGAGGAGGUGCGGGUGCUGACGCUGCCCCUGCAAGCCCACCAUGCCAUGGAGAAGAUGGAGGAGUUUGUGUACAAGGUCUGGGAGGGGCGCUGGAGGGUCAUCCCAUACGAUGUGCUCCCCGACUGGCUGCAGGACAACGACUACCUGUUGCACGGCCACAGGCCGCCCAUGCCCUCCUUCCGCGCCUGCUUCCAGAGCAUCUUCCGCAUCCACACGGAGACCGGCAACAUCUGGACCCACCUGCUUGGUUUUGUGCUGUUUCUCUUUCUGGGAAUCCUGACCAUGCUGAGACCAAACAUGUACUUCAUGGCCCCCCUUCAGGAGAAGGUGGUGUUCGGGAUGUUCUUCCUGGGCGCAGUGCUCUGCCUCAGCUUCUCCUGGCUCUUUCACACCGUCUAUUGUCACUCAGAGAAGGUCUCUCGGACCUUUUCCAAGCUGGACUACUCAGGGAUCGCCCUGCUCAUCAUGGGGAGCUUCGUGCCCUGGCUCUAUUACUCCUUCUACUGCUCCCCGCAGCCACGGCUCAUCUACCUCUCCAGCGUCUGUGUCCUGGGCAUCUCUGCCAUCAUUGUGGCCCAGUGGGACCGGUUUGCCACUCCUAAGCACCGGCAGACAAGAGCAGGGGUGUUCCUGGGGCUUGGCUUGAGCGGCGUCGUGCCCACCAUGCACUUUACAAUCGCGGAGGGCUUUGUCAAGGCCACCACGGUGGGCCAGAUGGGCUGGUUCUUCCUCAUGGCUGUGAUGUACAUCACCGGAGCCGGCCUUUAUGCCGCGCGGAUUCCUGAGCGCUUCUUCCCUGGAAAAUUUGACAUAUGGUUCCAGUCUCAUCAGAUCUUCCACGUCCUGGUGGUGGCAGCCGCCUUCGUCCACUUCUACGGGGUCUCCAACCUUCAGGAGUUCCGAUACGGCCUGGAAGGGGGCUGUACUGACGACUCCCUCCUCUGAGCCGCCCCGCAAGGGCACAGCAGGAACUUCCCAAGUGCUUUUAAAAUAACUUCUUUGUUGAAGUGAGAGGAAGAGUCUGAGUUGUCUUGUUUCUAGAAGAAACCUCUUAGAGAAUUCAGAACCAACCGAGCUUCAGCCCACUUCACACUCACCGGGCAAUAAACUCUCCAUUCCCUCGCUGAGAGCAGUGGGGAUGGGCAGACGUGGCCGCACGCCCCUCGGUAAGGCGACUACUGUCCCCUCACAGAGACGGGGCUUUGAAGCUCAUGUUGAGAGUUUACCCCUCCUCCAACCGUUCUGGGGAAAAAUGAUGGACUGGGACUCUUCAGAAAUUCUGUUUCUGGAAGAAACUGUCCCUCCCUCACCCCUGUCUUGACUUUGUAACCUGGCUUAUAACAGGCCAUCCGUUUUUGUAGCACACUUUUGAGAAACAGUUACAACCUCGUCCAUCUUUCUAGGGCCUGGACUUGCUCACACAGCAGGAAGAGCAAAGCCACCAACUUUUACACAGCUGGCUAAUCAUGGAAGUGUGUCCAGGCUUCAAAUAACUUGAGUUUUAAUGUUUUCUUGGCAGAGUAAUGUAAAAUUAAAGUGGGGAAAGAUAUUUAAUAUUUAAUACUAAGCUUUAAAAAGAAACCUGCUAUCAUUGCUAUGUAUCUUGAUGCAAAGACUAUGAUGAUAAUAAAAGAGUACAGAAGACACUUGGCAUUCAAAGAUUUAACAUGUGUGGUCUCAGCUAUUUGCAAAGGAUUAAGUCCAAAGGAUUAAAACCAGUAAAAUCAUUGCAGAUUCUGCUGAGGCACAAAUCUGAAUCAUAGGUAUUGACAGGCUGGCGUGUGCGGGCCAGCGAAUGAGCCUAACUGAACUCCUAGCACGUGCUGCUCCAGGCCGCUUUACGUGUCUCCACUUAGCGCACAGACAUUUCCUGGAGAAGUUGGUGUCGUGCUGCAGCAGAGUUCAGUAAUUAGAAGAUACCGGGCUUCCCUGGUGGCGCAGUGGUAGAGAAUCUGCCUGCUAAUGCAGGGGACACAGGUUCGAGCCCUGGUCUGGGAAGAUCCCACAUGCUGUGGAGCAACUAGGCCCGUGAGCCACAACUACUGAGCCUGCGCGUCUGGAGCCUAUGCUCCACAACAAGAGAGGCCGCGAUAGUGAGAGGCCGCGCACUGCCAUGAAGAGUGGCCCCUGCUCGCCACAACUAGAGAAAGCCCUCGCACAGAAACAAAGACCCAACACAGCCAUAAAUAAAUAAAUAAAAUUAAAAAAAAAAAGAAGAUACCUGCCUUGUGAGCAUCAAAGGUCUACUACAUGAUAUUAAUACUCUAGACUUUAGUUCUUUUAAAACUGCCCUGAUUAAGGUCUCUUCAAGAGGUUAUUCCAUGCCUUUUUGUGCCUUUGCAAAUUUUCCCCAGCCUGACAACGAGUUCUGUUCAUUGGAUGCAAAAGGCCUGCAGUAGUCACUUCUGAGCUAGUGUAGGCAUUGGACGGGAAUCUUUUUUUUUUUUUAAUUUAAUUUCUGGCUACGCCGGUCUUAGUUGCAGCACGAGGGAUCUUCGUUGCAGCAUGCAGACUUCUUAGUUGCAGCAUGUGGACUCAGUUGCAGCAUGUAUGCGGGAUCUAGUUCCCUGACUAGGGAUCGAACCCGGGCCCCUUGCACUGAGAGCGUGCAGUCUUACCCACUGGACCACCAGGGAAGUCCCCACAUGGGAAUCUUAUUGAGUUGCAGAGUUGGGUUCACUUUAAGGGUCAAGUUUGUACAACUAGGAGAACAAGUGAUCCUUUUAAAACUAAUCCAACUAGGCCAACAAAUCUCUACCUCCAGUAGUAAUCAGGGAAGUGUAAAUUAAAACCAAACUGAUAAACCAUUUUACUCCUACCAGAUUGGCACAAAUUAAAAGUCCUAAGACUGAGUGUUGGUAUGGAUGUGAAGCAGACCAGAUGCUGCUGGUGGAACCAUAGGACCACUUUGGACAUGGUGGAGUAUACAUGUUACAACAUUCAAACAUUACAUGAAACAAUACAAUGUGAGAUGCAUCUGAUAUCUAUCCUAGGUUACUUCAUUUAAAAAAUGCUGGUUCUGGGGUUUCCCUGGUGGCACAGUGGUUGAGAAUCUGCCUGCCAACGCAGGGUACACGGGUUCGAGCCCUGGUCUGGGAAGAUCCCACGUGCCGCAGAGCAACUAAGCCUGUGUACCACAGCUACCGAGCCUGCGCUCUAGAGCCUGCAAGCCACAGCUACUGAAGCCCGCGCACCUAGAGCCCGUGCUCCGCAACGAGAGGCCACCGCAGUGAGAAGCCCGUGCACCACAAUGAAGAGUGACCCACUGCUCGCCGCAACUGAAGAAAGCCCGCGCACAGUGACACAGCCAAAAAUAAAUUUUUUUUUAAAUGCU